ACGCGGCCGCGCGGCCUGAGGUAAACAACCGCGGCCCCGCCUCCUGGCCCCUCAGCGAGCCGCGCGCUGCUCCUCGCCGGUGGGACGCGCUCCAGCAGGGCGGGCGGCUCCCUCCGAGAAUCCCCAGCGGCCGCCGCGGGCCGGAGCAGCGGCAGCGGGCGCACGCGUCCCGGGUCUGCGGGCCGAGCGCGCCGGCAGGGGUCGAGCGCGCGUCCCCUCCCCGCCCCCACCGCGUGCUGUGGCGCAGCAGGAAUUUGGCGGGGCCCCGGGCGCUAUAUGCGGCUCCUGACGCGCCGGCCGCCCUUUGGUCAUUUCUAUUCUCGGGGCACUGGGUCACCGCGCUCGGCCGGCCCCCUCCCCCGGGCCCGGAGGGUGUGUCCCCUCACCGGGGCUCGGCGCGCCUAUAAGGGGCCGAGCGGCGGGCAGGGACAUGCAGCUCUACAGCAGCGUCUGCACCCACUACCCAGCCGGGGGCCCGGGUCCCACGGCCGCAGCCCCCGCUCCGCCCGCCGCCGCCGCCGCCGCCGCCGCCGCCGCCGCCGCCGCCGCCGCCCCGUUCAAGGUCUCGCUGCAGCCCCCGGGACCCGCCGGCAGCGCGUCAGAGCCCGAUACCGGUGAGUGCCAGCCGCCCGCGGCCGCCGAGCCCCGCGAAGCCGCUGCCGCCCCCGCCGCCAAGAUGCCCGCCUUCUCCUCCUGCUUCGAGAUGGUGUCUGAGGCCGCCGCCCCCGCCUCGGCCGCCGCCGCCGCCGCCGGGCCGCCCGGCGGGUCCUGCAAGCCGCCGCUGCCGCCGCACUACACGUCCACGGCGCAGAUCACCGUGCGGGCCCUGGGCGCCGACCGGCUCCUGCUGCGCGGCCCGGAGCCCGGCGCCGCGGCGCCCGCCGCCCCGCGCGGCCGGUGCCUCCUGCUGGCCCCGCCGCCCGGCGCGCCGGUCCCGCCGCGGCGGGGCUCCUCGGCCUGGCUCCUGGAGGAGCUGCUGAGGCCCGACGGCCCCGAGCCCGCCGGCCUGGACGCGGCCCGCGAGGGGCCCGACAGAAACUUCCGACUGAGCGAACACCGCCAGGCCCUGGCCGCCGCCAAGCACCGCGGCCCUGCGCCGCCCACGGGGAGCCCGGAAGCUGGCCCCGGCCCGUGGGCCGAGGAGCGCCCGAAGGAGAGGAGCCUCCGGGGCUGGGACAGGGCCGGCGACCGCGGCGACCCUCCUCCCAGCGCCGACGAGCCGCGGCGGCCCGACCCGGAGGCCGAGGGGCCUCCGGCGCGGAGCGGCGAGGCGGUCCCGGGCGGCGCGGCCGAGGCGGCGAUCGUCUCCAGGUCGGAUCCCAAGGACGAGAAGCUGGCCCUGUACCUGGCCGAGGUGGAGAGGCAGGACAAGUACCUGCGGCAGAGGAACAAGUACCGAUUUCACAUCAUUCCCGACGGCAACUGUCUCUACCGAGCGGUCAGCAAGGCGGUGUACGGGGACCAGAGCCUGCACCGAGAGCUGCGAGAGCAGACGGUGCACCACAUCGCCGACCACCUCGACCACUUUAGCCCCCUGAUUGAGGGCGACGUGGGGGAGUUUAUCAUCGCCGCUGCUCAGGACGGGGCGUGGGCCGGGUACCCUGAACUUCUGGCCAUGGGGCAGAUGCUGAACGUGAAUGUACAUCUAACUACUGGCGGGAGGCUGGAGAGCCCCACGGUGUCUACCAUGAUUCACUAUUUGGGCCCAGAGGAUUCCCUAAGGCCUAGCAUUUGGCUCAGUUGGCUCAGUAACGGACAUUACGACGCGGUGUUUGAUCACUCCUAUCCUAAUCCGGAGUAUGACACUUGGUGCAGGCAGACUCAAGUGCAAAGAAAACGCGACGAAGAACUCGCCAAGUCCAUGGCCAUAUCCCUAUCCAAAAUGUAUAUUGAACAAAACGCAUGCUCUUGAAGUGUCUGAACUUCUCCACCCUGGGAAAAUUGCAGACCUAAUUUGUGUUUGGAGAAUUACAUGAACUCUAAUCAGGGUAAUAGCACUUUUAAACUUUGAAGUAGAUUUACUGUAGGUGUAAUGCCUUAAUCAUGUUUUUGAAUGUUUUCUCCUCAGAGCUGAAGGUUGCUGGGCACCUAAGUGAUGUUUCAUGAUAGCUUUGGGUGAUCCUACUGCUAUUUAUCAUUUGCUGUAUAAAGUUGGCACUACUUAAUUUGCAAGCUGAUUUCUCACAGUGUAAAUUUUGUUCAUUCCUGGUAAUCUAUUUUCUAUAAAAAUGUAUUUUUGCACAACAUUUUUAACAAUUGGUGUAUCUUCAUCUAUGACGUGUUCCAUUUUGACACAGCUUUCCGGCGUAAAUCCAGAGAAGUGCUUUAUAUGAAGUUUAUUAUUUUGAACAGAGUUUGUGAUUUAGUAUUUUUUGUUGUUGAAUUUGAAUUUUACAGUUCGUAAGUAAUUAUUUAAAAUGGAUAUUGAUGCAUUCAUAUUACCAGAUGAUUGGCCCAUUCCGUUUUGAUGAAACAGAUUUGUUGUUUGGAAAAUCAUUAUUUUUCUAGAAAUGGUCAACCUUUUAAAGAGAAAAUACUUAAGGGGAGGUUAUGGGAAGAAUUUUUUUUUUUCUUUAAAGAAUAGUACCAGCUCUUACUUGAAUGAAAGUCUGAUAUUUGCUGAUGGCAGAGUGAUUAUUCUGUACUCUGGUUGAGGUUUAGAGUAGAUUGUCUGGUGCUCUCAAUUGUUUUUAUUUAUAUUUGUCAUUUUGUUGAAAAAAUAAUUGUAACGUGAUAGAAGACUUUGUGACGAGAUAAGCCUCUUGCUUUAUAUAUAGCCUCUUGGAUUCAACCGAGAGAUUGAAAAACUAAUGGCAUAAAUGCCCCCAACCAACCUUGGCAGUUAUUUUCCAGCAGAAGAAUAUGUCUUCAGAGUCUAUUCCUUUUAAAUUCUUUCACAAGGCAAAAUAGGAUUGCCCUGUAUUAUGUACAAAUAAAAAUGUCUGUAUACAAGAGCUUGUAUGGUUUGCUGGGUCAAACAAUGUUUCCAACCUAAAACCUAUCUCAUUUCCACUUUAACUACUUUUAGUCGUAUUUAUUAAGUAAUGCAGUUUGUACUUUUUUAUUUUGUAACAUUUUGUGAUUUUUUUGUACAAUAUCGUAUUUGUACAAUUGAGCAAUUCUCAGCUG